AUGUCUGAGUCUGUAAUAGUCGAGGCGCCUCCUGCGACGGAAACUGCCCCUGUCAAGGGCAUGAAGAAGAACGGCAAGCAGUGGCACGACAACAAGGGCCCGUUCCGACCCAAGGCAGGCCAAACCUCUUGGGAGAAGCGCAGUGAGGAGAGGAAAGCGCUCGCUGCUGUCAAGGCCAAGGAGAAGGAGCUAAAGGAAGAGAAGGAGUCUGAGAGACAGCGACGAGUCGAAGCAAUCAAGACCAAGCGCGCGGCCAAGGAAGAACGGGAGCGAUUUGCCAAGAUGGAAGAGAAGAUGCAUAAAAGGCGCGUAGAGCGCCUGAAGAGGAGAGAGAAGCGCAACAAGAUGCUCAAACGCCAUGCUGCAAAGGAAGCCAUGCAGUCGGCCAUCCAGAUACAGCCGCCUACCAGCUUUGGAGACUUGCUGAGGCAGGCGCGAGGGAGCAGAGACACCAGCCCUAGCCACAGUCGCAGAGAGAGCGUUGCGCCAGGACAGGCCGAUGGCAGCGUCAACGGAAAGGAGGAAAGCACCCCAGGCAUCACCAUUCCGCCGCGGAGGCCACUCCGGCAGGCGGAUGUGGAGCUAGAGGCAAAGAGGGUCGAGGCUAGAGAACGAGACCUCCGUGCUGUCCUCCAGUCCCUCUCCGACCAGUCCCUCAAGACGUCGCGCCGUCUAGACGAUACAUACUACUCCAUCCUCGAGAAGGUUUCCGUACUGCGCCAGACCAUCGGAACGCUGCAAGAGCUAUCCGGCUUGACCAGAGAGCUCCAUGACAACUUCGAGUCGGACACCACAGAACUGGUAGAGGAUGUGACUGGUCAGGUAGAAGCCUUCGACGGCUUCAAGGCACAGCAAGAGCAGGUCAGCGGCUUGGAAGAGCGCAUCAGAGCGGGCAAAGAGAAAGCAGAUGCUUUGACAGCGAGACUUGAACGAGCCAAAGAGCGUGUCGACGCGAGGGCCAAGUCAGAAGCGCAGUGGCAGGCCAAGAAUACCCAUCGCGUGCGCAUCUUCUGGGCCAUAGUCGCCUUUGUAGCCACGCUUAUACUAGCUCUCGUUCUCUUCCGCCCGGCUCAACCGACCCAUCGUGUACCAGAGCCGCAGAGCACUCUCGACCCCGCGACCAGAGAAGCCAUUCUAAACGCAGACAUCCCAAACAUAGCAAAGGAGGCAAUUAUACGGCCGUUAACCAGCACCGCCAAUCACGUUGUCGAGACCAUUGAUCUGCACCUUGUACUCGAGGACGAUGAGCGAUUGCGCGGAUUCGACGAGCUGUAA